AUGCGCCGGUUCGGCGUCCUGCUUCUGAGCGUCGGCCUGUGCCGCGCCGAGGACGCUGUGGGGUCGGCGGGCGUGGAUGGCGCCUACUUCGAUUCGGUGAAGUCGCUCCGCGGCUCCGCGGCGGCGUCGGAGGACUCCAACGCCACCGCGGGACCUCGGCGGUUGGGCGCGCCUCCCACGGCCAUGGGGUACAAGGGCAUUGACUGGUCGCCCAUCUCUGUGUACGGCACAGGCGCCAAACACAUCUUUGCCAUUGGCGACUGGGGUGGAAUGGACGGAUCGUUGAGCCCCUGCUGCGGCCGACCUCGCAUCAUCGCCUACUCUGGAGGCCAUACCCCGGGGCCGCACGUCUUCCCGCGCAGCAGGUGGAACCGCGCGCAUUCGGCGCUGCUCUGCACUCACAAGCAAUUCGUGGAAUGCUUCAACACCCGAGGUUCCAGCUGCGCGGCUAGCUGUGGCUUCGUGCCAGAGGUCGACAUGCAACCCCAGUUCCUGGUGGCCAAUGUGUUCAAGGCUCGAGCCGCUGCGAAGAAUCCGGACUACAUCCUCAACGUGGGCGACAACUUCUACUGGGGUGGCAUCGAAGUGGACUGUGGCAGCACACCCAUGAGCCAGAUCAGCGGCACGGCGAGACAUCAGUUCGACAACAUCUUUGAAGGCAUCUACCAGGGCCCAGGCUUGAGCAACAAGCCGUGGCUCAGUGUUCUCGGGAACCACGACUGGGGAGGCCGCCAGUUCUACAACGGCUGGGACCAGCAGAUCGCUUACACCUGGGCCUCCAACCGUUGGAGGAUGCCGGCCCCGUACUGGAGCCAGCACGUGUCGUACCCGGACCUGGGCUUUACCGUUGACAUCCUCAUGCACGACAGCAAUGCCAUGGAUGCCAAGAACCCGGAAGAAGAUCCUGAGCACAACAUGUGCAGCCGAAAGCACAACCGCCCCGAUGCCAACUGCGCCAGCGCCGGUGGCCCGUCCUCAGUGGACAGCUGCAAGGGCUGGUUCUGGGGCCUCUAUGCCGAGCAAAAGCCUUGGGUAGAGGGCAAGUUGGCCCACUCCAAAGCGGACUGGCAGAUCAUGGUGACCCAUUUCCCCUGCGGCCACGACUCUGGGUGGUACCGCUCCCUCCACACACGCCUGGGCUUGGAUUUGCUGGUCACCGGACACCGCCACGAUCAGGAGUUGGGCUCCAACUGGGGUGCUCUCGGUGGUAUGAUGUGCCUCGUGACCGGCGGCGGCGGCGGCAUCACCUCGGAGGCGUCCCCCUGGGACCGCGCCCACUGGUACGGCGAGGGGCAGUACGGCUUCUAUGACUUGAGCAUCUCCAAGGAGAAGAUCUUCAUCGAGUCCAUCAACUAUGAUGGCAAGGUUCUCAAGAGCGCCACCGUACGCCCCAGCUGGUCACCGGAAGGUUUCUGUGCCGUGCUGGGUGGGAUUUUCUGGGUGGGAUUCUGGAAGGCCACGACGAAGACAGCGGGCAGGCUGCCGGAUGGCCGGUUGGACCCACAGAAGUGGCCAAGCAGGGGAAAGGCGUUGCACCUCGGCGGGCAGGAGCGAGCGCAGGAGCAGAUGGAUUGCAGAGAUGAACCGAAUGGGCUCUUUUCCAAGCCACCUGGGCGCCGUUGGGGACGGAUUGAGGUCUUGACUGACUUGGGCAUUUCGCAACGGUCGACCUUGGACGCUUCGGAUUUGGACGUCGAGACUUCGAUGGCGGAGAUGAAGCGCACCCUGGGCACGGUGGGCUAUGCCUCGCCCGAGAUGUUGAAAGGCGAAGCUAGCUCUUGGGAGGGUGACGCCUUUGGGGCCGGAGUGGUGCUCUACUUCAUGCUCUCCAAGCUUGUUCGGUGCCUCGUGUCGGAUGCAGAGAAGUCGGGUGUAGACUUCCCCCAAGCACCAACAAAGGUCGACGCCCUUCCUUGCUCCGACCAGGAAGAGGAUGGUGCCAUGGCUGCAAGGGCGGGAGACCCUGCAGUUGUGCAGGUGGAACUGACGGAAGAGUGCCACGUGAAGACGCCGCGCGUCUUCUUUUGUCCGGUCGCGGCAGAUCCGGCGACUCCCAGAGCUCCUGCCUUGAACAGUGAUUCCGUGAUCCACGAGAGGCCGAACUCUGAUGCUUCAGAGCGGCUGACGGUGGAGAAGGCGUUGCAGGGACGGCUCAUCCGGAAGACCUACGCCGGGGGCCGCCGGGGAGGAACGUGGGAGGGAGAGCAGAUUUCCAACGGCAGACCCGAGCGCGGAGCGGAGGGCGCGCAGUGCAGCAGUGCAGAGGUCACUGCCACCGAGCCGACCUUGGCACGGCCGGAGGCUUCACCAAAAGCCGCCCAGGACCGGUCCGGACGGAGAGCAGAGUCCAAGAGCGGAAAGGAGGCGAUACCUCCUACUCGCUAUUCCUCUCUCACCGAGGUCGCCAAGAAAGAUGGAUUGAGUCCACAACUGAUUGACGUGCAGGGAUGUGUUGGUUGGAAUGCUUUGCAUGAAAAGAACAUCUUCUGGCACGGUGCCGAACUCCACUGGCGACGCACGAGCGGCUCCGACAUGGAGCUCGAGCUGGUGCGGACGCUCGGACGUCGAGUCGAAGCAGUUGCUCCAGAUGGCGAAGUCGCGACCUCGAUGCCGCCUCCGCGUUCCGCCGCGUCCGGCGGAACGCGCGCGCGGCACGGCGCUUGGGCCACGUGGGAGGUGCCCUUGCAGGAGCGAGACGACAACGAGGCGAACGAGAGGUGCGCCGCCGCAGCGACCAAGAGGUGUGCGCCGCUUCCCGACUCGGAGCAGGCCGCCCUCGAGGCCUGCGGGAGCUCUAUGCCCAGCAGGCCGCCCCGGUUGCAGACGCUACGCCGCAAGGUUCUCGGGCUGCUCAACAAGCUUUCUGAGACGAACGAGGCGCGGGUCGCUGUGGAACUGGCGACGAUGGAGCCGCGGGACUCGGAGGAGCUGGCGAUGCUGUCGGACUUGCUCUUCGAGCAAAUCCUGCAGGACCCGGGUCGACUGAAGCUCUACGUCCGCUUGUUGCCAGCGCUUCAGCGGUGGCCGAGGUUCGCCGGCUCCAAGAGGCAUGGUCCGGUGCUGCUGAUGGUGCGCCCCACGAGCUUCGUGGGACGUCUACUGGCGCGGUGCCAGGCCACCUUUGACCAACAUUGCCGUGCCCACGAGGCGCCCAGCUCGGAGGGCGGUGUGGAAGCCGCGGGGACAAGUGCCGUGAGAGACUGGAAGGAGAUGACGAGGAGUCGCGUGACGUGUCAGCUCCUUGCAGAGCUCUACCUGACCGGCUGGGCCUCAGCACGGAUCAUGGCUCAGGUCUUAGUCGAGCUUCUGCGUUCCAUGCCAAGGUCGAUGGUCUGCCGUGACCAAUCGGUGUGGAGUCCUUCCGAGCCAUCAGUGGAAUGCGCCUGCGAGCUCCUCCAGGUCUUCUGCCAGGCAGGAGCUGGAGUCGAGCAGGAGGCCUUCCAUCCUCUCUGGCAGCGCCUCAAUUGGCUUCGCGAAGCGAGGCACCUGAACAGAUAUGCCUACUCGCCGCGCUUGCGCUUCAAGAUGUUGGAUGCCCUGGAGGCUCCACCGAGUUUGUGGGUUUGUGUGGUGCCCUUUUCUCCCACCCUGGCGCGGGCUGCAGCGACUCGGCACUGGACCUGUUUCACGCUGGGCGCUCGAGGUGACUCGGCGCAGCUCAACGCCGCCAUGGCGGCCACCGAGCGGGCAGAGGGGACACCUCCCAGUGCUGGCCGAUUCUGUCCGGGCUCAGAGCUGACGGGUCGAGAGUCGGUCGGCGACACCAUGGCGCCUUCCAUCACGUGCGUCGACUUCGGCCGCGCGGAGACCGGGAAUCCCUCCGCGCGGCCAGCAGCGCGAGGGGCCGAAGCAGAUCAAAUGCCCUUGGCCAGCGGGCGUCAAAUGCUUCCUAUGUACCGCAGCACCCGGGGCGGAGCCACGGGCUUAAGCUUUGAACAAGCAGUUUUUGAAGGCUUGGCGCCUGAUGGAGGAUUGAUGGCUGCUCGACCCGAGCUGGGUGGGUGCAGGACCACCAAAGGCCUGAGGGUGCUGGUAGAAGUCUCAGAGACCAAGUGCCCGCAUGAUAGGGAUCUUCCGGAUCAUUUGCGCAUCGUGAGCGUGAGACCCAGAAAUAGCUCGGCCUUGAUCAGCUUGGUUCCAGAGACGGUGCCAGAUGUCUCCAAGAUCUACAAAGGCUGGUCCAAGUUGAAGUUUCAUGAGUUGGCCUUCGAGGUGGCGAGCCUCUUCUGCAGCACGGACGAGGUCCCGUCCGCGGAUCUCCGACAGCUCAUGCAGCGGAGCUAUGAGGACGGAGUGAACGACUUGUAUGUCAUGGAGCUCUUUCAUGGCCCGACCUUCGCCUUUAAGGACGUCGCGCUGCAGGCCCACCAGCGCUUGCAUGCGCCUUCGUCUCACCUCAUGAAUUAUUUGAGCGCCCGAAAGGGCGGCCACAACUUCCUCCAACGUGGCGACCCGAAGCCCCGGGUGACGCGAACCACGCAGACGGAAGGCGGCGAAAACGGCGGCGAACACGGACUCCAACGAGGCAUCUCGGCGGGCGAGAACUCGCCGAGGAAUAUGCAGUCUGGAUCAAGAAAUGGAUCUCGCAUGGGCUCCAGAUCCAACUCGAGGUCGGGCUCGCGCAACGGCUCGCGGCACGGCUCGCAGGAUGCGGACGCCUCGGAGACGUACCAGGCCGUGCACCACAUCCGAAGCAGUUUGAAACAAGGCGGCACGGAGUCCCAAGAUAUGCACCGGACGGACUCGUAUCGGGCCAAGGCGGCAGCGGGGGCAGGCACGCAGUCGCACGAUGUCCAGGGCUUUGAGGUGCAACACACCGAGUCGGCCCGGAAGAUGCUGGAAGUUCCGGCAGGUCGAACCUAUCGGAAGCAAAACACGCACGAGUCCUUGAACUCCUGCGCCCGCUCUGAGCAAGGCAGCGGCGGCAAGCGCGGCGGCGUGAUGACGUCGUUGGACGAGUCCGAUGGCGAUGCCCAAGGUUCGAAUGCUGUCAAGCCGACGGGUUCCAUUCGGGAGUCCAAGGACUUCAAGCCUAGGCACAAGGCGAAUGCCUCAGCGAAAGCUCUCAUCCAGACACAGCGUCUCAGGAGCAUGAGCAAGUCGAACUUGAACGACCAGCCGCCGACGCGAUUCCCCAAGCUGAGUGGCUUCUGCCUCUAUGUCGUGGAUCACACUGCGUUUAUGUCCCUCGUGGUCUUGGUGAUUUUCGGGCAGUCCGUCUACAUGGGCUUGGAAGAUGAGGGGAGCCUUGUGGUGGAUGUGCUCUUCACCGUGUUCUACUUCCUGGAACUUACCAUGCGGCUCAUCGCCUACGGGUCCGACUUCUUCAAGAGUGCCUUCAAUCUGAUGGAUUUAGGUCUCAUUGUGAUCUCCUUCGUAGACCUUUUGAUCGUCAUCAUUCGAGGAAGUAGCUCCCUUGAUGUCAUGGUGAGUCUGCGGCUCUCGCGUCUCUUGCGCUUGGGCGGCCUGGUGCGACUGAUCCGCUUGCUGCGCUUCUUCAAGCCCUUAUACCUCCUUGUCACGGGCAUCAUGGUCUCCCUGAGGACGGUCGUCUGGGCUUGGUUGCUCAUGAGUUUGAUCAUCUAUGUCUUUGCCUUGGUCUUCUACCGUGCCCUGAAGCCUGACAUCUGUCCCGGAGGUGUGGCGGAGCAAGAUCCGGAGCAGGGAUACUUUGACCUGAUGAUGACCUACUACGGAUCUUUGACCUUAUCAGUGUUUACUGUCUUUCAGAUUACCACCUUGGAGGACUGGCCGCAGGUGUCCGACGUGAUGUCGAAGCACCAUGUGUGGCUCGGUGUCAUGGUCAUUCUUCUGUUGGUGCUGACCGCCUAUGGUGUGAUGAACGUCACAGUGGCCAUCUUCGUGAACAGCGCGAUGGAUGCGUCCUCGGUCCGUUCGCGCGACAUCGCCAAGAAGGCGAAGGAGGAAUAUGAAGCUACUUGCAAGUCCUUGUAUCAGGUCUUCAAAGAUGCGGAUAAUGAUGGAAAUGGAACACUCUCCAAGGAAGAGUUCAACAAGGCCAUCAAAGAGAAGAACCUCUUGGCCCGCUUGCACGGCGCUGGCAUCGAUGAGGGCAGUGCCUCAUCACUCUUUGACAUCUUGGACAUCGAUGGUAGUGGCACCUUGGAUGGAUACGCACAGAACAAGGACAUGGUCGGCCUCCGCUGUGACAUAUGGAGAGCCAACCUGAGCGUACAAGAAGAGAUCAGACAGGUGAACGUCUACUUUGAGGGACAGCGCUGCUGGGCGAGACGAAGACGGCUGACGGGCCCGCGCGGACGGCUCGAGGGCUCGACGGUUCUCCAGGCAAGAUUGCUGGAAACGAAGCAGAAGCUGGAGAACCUGAAGGAGGUGGCUGGUCCGGUCCUCCGCCGGGCCAUCGAGGAGGCCCGCAAGAAGCCCGUGAAAGCGCGGCUCUCCGCGGGGCCCACGAUGACCACCGCCGAGCAGACCACGGAGGACCACGACGACAGCGCCGUGGCCGUCCGGCCGUCCUUGAAGUCGGGUUUCUCCUUCGAGGACAGCCACUGA